AUGAGCUCCGAUAACGCCUCGCCGCAGGCAGGCCAGAAUUAUAACAACACUUCUCCGAACGACUCCUCCCGAUCCCUUCCUGGCCACAACCCCGCGAUCGCGAAAUAUAGCAAGGUCAAACUCCGGCCAGACACAAUUGUGAGGCCUGAUCUUUUCACAUUGUACUUUGGAUUUUUCGGCACAGCAGCCUGGACGCGAAAGGUCUCAAACACAGUGAACGAGCGAGUGGAGAACCACUACGUGCUGACAGCACGAUCCCCGACCCAAGACGAAUUCGAUGCAAUGGUUGAGCACUCAACGCGAUGCCUGUACCAGUCGCGGAGGGGUAUACCCGUAAGCUCAUUCAUCGGAACAGCAUACCUCCUCAACCAAGCACGCAAGUCGCCACUGUUUCCGAGCAAUCCCACCCCAGCCUCACUAUUGAAUACGGUGCGUAACAUGUGGGCCGAUAAUGCCUUAAGAGGCAACAUCAGCACAGCGGUAUUCAAACUGGUCUUUAUUGUUAGUCUUGGAAGUAUGGCAUCGAGCGCUUACGCGGUUUCCCAAGAUGCCAUGCGAAUGUUGACGGACCCGCGAUUGAAGCGGUUCGUCGAGGACGUACGCAGGGCGAAACCCGAGGACGUGCGCAAGCGUAAGAUCCAGGCCGCUAGCGAGCGUGUCCGCAGCAUCCGCAGUGGCGAGAAAGACAUUGGCUCCCAGGUGCGACAGGCCAUCAGCAUGCCUGGUGGGUAUGCAGGCGACGAUGUGUACGAACCGGAGCAGGCGUCUUACGAUGCUCCCGCGCAGGCGAAUUCUUACUCUGAAUACAUGAACACCAAUGAUACCCAGGCGAGCUCUCAAUCCCCUUCGUCGGAGUUGUCUCAAUCGGGUUCGAAUGGUGGUGCAAUCUGGGCACGCGGCAGAGGCACUCAACCCGAAUCAAAAUCAGCUUUGGAUAUCCUGGAGGAGGACGAUGCUAGCCCUACCGCUGCAGAAUACCGGAAUACAAACAUUGAUGGGUCACCGAGUACUGGCAGUGCCUGGGACCGGAUCAGACGACAGAAUGCCGGAGCACGACCCCAGCCUCGACAGCAGCCCGUGUCACAGCCUUCACCGAACCCUCUCUCUGCUGGGUUUGGCCAGAGUGACCAAGAAAAGUAUGACUCCACUCAGAAGACUGAGAGGGAUCAAGCACAGGCAGAGUUUGAUCGCAUGAUUGAUGCGGAAAGGAACAUUGGCAAUGAUGGAUCAUCUCGAAACCGCGGUUGGUGA